UCCGCUGCCCCAAUCACCAGAAAAAGGCUCAACAACCUUUUCAACACACGGAAAUGAACUGCCUUUCCACCGCCUGUGGCGCCGGUGGCCGCCGCAUCCUCUCUUUAACUACCCUCAGCGUCCUCCAAACCACUAACCCCUAUAACCCCCUUGUAAAACUCCUUUCCACUCGAUCAGAACUCCUUCCAAUCCCCAUAGCACCUCUUCCAAGUUGUACCCCACCAAACACAAAACCACGAGAAAAACAACUACAGCCGCCGCCACCUUCCCAAAAUCCUAAUGAAAACCCUGAUUUCAACCCAACUGAAGUAACCAUCCUUUCCAAAAUUCUUACUGACCCAGCCAUUCUAUCCGGUCCGGCACUCGAGGAAGCGCUUACGGCAGCCCGGAUUAACCCGGUCGAGACCUUGUUGCUAGAAGUCUUCAAGCAAUUUGAUUCCUCUCCAAAACUCUUGUUCACACUCUUCCUCUGGGCCGAGAAGCAGCCCGGAUACUGCUUCUCCCCUACCGUCUUUAAUGUCAUGGUUAAUGUACUAGGCAAGGCCCGGGAAUUCGAAUCUGCUUGGAGCUUAAUUCUCGACAGGAGCAAUAAAAACGCUAGUGAAGGGCCUGAUUUAGAUACAUUUGCAAUUAUGAUUCGGAGAUACGGACGUGCAGGCCUUCCAUUGCCAGCCAUUCGGACAUUUGAAUACGCUGCUAGUCUGGGCUUUCUUAAUGAUUUGGAGUCGGGGAAGAGUUUGCUUGAGAUUCUAUUAGAUUCUUUGUGUAAAGAGGGACAUGUUAGAGUAGCAGCUGAAUACUUUGAUAAGCGAAGGGGACAAGAUCCAAGCUGGGUACCAUCUAUUCGGAUAUAUAAUAUUCUACUGAAUGGAUGGUUUCGAUCAAGAAAGCUAAAACAUGCUGCAAGGCUUUGGGUACAGAUGAAAAAGGAGAAUGUAAAGCCAACUGCUGUAACUUAUGGCACCCUUGUUGAAGGUUUGUGCCGUAUGCGCCGUCCUGAGAUGGCUAUGGAAUUAACUGCUGAAAUGAGGAGGGAAGGAGUCGAGGGUAAUGCAAUUGUGUAUAAUCCAAUAAUAGAUGCAUUAGGAGAAGCUGGGAGGUUUAAAGAGGCAUUAGGGAUGCUGGAAAGAUUUUCAGUUCUUGAAUCAGGUCCCACUAUUUCGACCUACAAUUCACUGGUGAAGGGUUUCUGCAAGGCAGGGGAUACUGAAGGUGCUAGCAAGAUUCUUAAGAUGAUGGUAGAUAACAGAUGUAUGCCAACUCCGACGACUUAUAAUUACUUCUUCAGAUACUUCUCAAAAUUUGGAAAGAUCGAAGAGGGCUUGAACCUUUAUACCAGGAUGAUAAGAUCUGGGUACGAACCAGACCGCCUUACUUAUCAUCUGCUGGUGAGAAUGUUAUGCGAGCAGGACAGGCUGGAUAUGACAAUUCGAGUUAUAAGAGAAAUGAGGGCUAGGGGAUUUGACUUGGACUUGGCUACAAGUACCAUGCUAAUCCACUUGCUAUGUAAAAUGCAUCGAUACGAUGAGGCUUUUGGAGAGUUUAACGACAUGAUUCGUAGGGGCAUUGUUCCUCAGUAUCUUACAUAUCAGAGAAUGAUUGAUGAAUUGAAGAAACGGGGAAUGACUGAAAGGGCACAGAAACUUUAUGAUAUGAUGGCAUCAGUUCGUCACUCAACGAAGUUGCCUGACACAUACAAGGGAGUUGGGGACUCUUUGCAUGAAAGGAGAGCAUCUAUAAUGCAGAAAGCUGAAACAAUAUCCAAUAUCUUAAAGACGUGUAAAAACCGAAGAGAGCUUGUCAAGCAUAGAAGUCAACUUGAGAGUUCUGUAUUCAGUGCACACCAGUUGACGGAUAAUAUAAAGAGAAAAAACGAUUUAACAUGAAGUGCUGAUUUCUCCAUGUAGCGAAAGAACAGUAAGAAUAGCUUUCACUAGUCAUUACUAAAUGAAGGUGAUGCAGCACUCUAAUUUGUUUGAGAGCAGUAAGUGCAUGUACGCAUCACACUAUUAACAAUGCCGAAAGAUGCAUCAUAGUGCAAAUAAAGUUGGUGCUUAAUGUGAAGGGAGAAGAUAGAAAUGUUUUCACUACUUUGAUUGUGGGUUAUGGAGCAGGAAGCAACAUAGCUUGGGGCGUAAAACUUGGUUGUUACGAGGAAUUAGCUUCACCUUUUGCAGGAAAGUAAAAUACUUGUGGGAAACUGACUUUAACAAGCAAUGUUGGGUUUGACUGAAAAUAUUUCUUCAAAAAUUACGCAGUCGAUAGAUGGACAGUGAACUUGGAUAGCGUACAGGUGAGAUUCUUUACUAUCUAAUAACUUUCUGAAUUUCUAUUAUCUUUAAUAUUCGAUUCUGAUGGCUAAGCAGUUUUCUCCACCAUCCCAUCUUUUUCCCUUUCUUCUCUUCUCCAAAUUAAGUGUUCACUCAUCUAUUCUCUUAUUCCUUUCUAUGUAUGUAAAUUCUUAUCAGACUAGCCAAAGGAUUAGCCUUUAUCAAGAACGUGAAUAUUAUCUGUUUUAACUUACACAAAUACAUCUUGAUGCAUAUUAUGGGAGAGGAUAUUUGUAUUUUAAUUGAUGCUUCACAAGCUGAACUACCAUCCAUUUUUUCCUUUGUCAUGAUGCAGCAGGUUGCGACUCCUGACAGUCAUUUAUUAUUACUGUUAGAAAUAAUUUUUAUUAUUGAAAAUGAUAUAUGAUAUAUAAUUGAUUUAUAGUGGAAUGGCUCGAAUGAGGUUUAAAAGUAGUUCUGGAGCUCAAGGAUAGAUAUUUGAAUGAAUUUGGGUAUCAAAUGAUCCAGAAUUUGCUGGAACACUUUGCAUUCGCGAGGUUUUGGUACGUGCACGUGAAGUUGUUCCAUUUUUUCACACGCGCGAGUUCCAACUAGGAAAAACCUUUUUUUAAUUUCUGAUUCAGAAAGUUAUGUCUAUUCAUUAUUGAUUUCCUCCUUUUCGAACAAUAUUGACUUUUUUGAUGCCAUAACAUUAUAUGAGUUGAGAGAAAAUUUAUUUGCACAAUUACAGUUAUAAUCUUCAUAGCGCACUCAUUUAAAAAAGCGUUCUUGUUCUUCAAAGAAUUUAUAUUCUUGCUUGAUGUAAAUUCUUAAAGCUUGAUUAUUCCUCUAAACUAUUUGCCGGUUAUUCCCACAAGCAAUCUUUAAAUCAA